UGCAACAGCGCGGUCUACAUUUGUUCAAAGCCAAGAGUGAAGCUUGUUCUUUACCAUUCUCGCAACAAAACUGACAAUGAGAGCGGUUCGAUCAAAAGAGGUUUUUAUUGCAGCCGUAAUUAGUCUUCUCGCUCAACCAGGUGUUUGGGCUGUUGACGGUCCCCAUAUUCUUCAAAAUGCGACCGAAUUCCCUUAUAUGGUAUUGGUACAAAUUGCUCCAGAUCCUGAUACAACAAGUGAGGUCAAUCAAAUUGUACCUGGAAUGUUCCUAUCAAGACACACUAUUUUAACCUACGGAGAUGGUGAUUUUGUCAAUGCCGAUCUUAAUAGAUUUUCACUGCGUCUUCCCGACGGAACCACAGAAUUAGUUAACAAAAGAAACGUGGUUGAAGGUUUGUUGCAAAUGACGGUGCUCAAGACAUGUUACAAAUACAAGGGCCCUGUAAUGCCAUUGACCCCAACUUCAUAUCCUGAUUUCAACACCACAGCGGAGGGUCGCAUAUUAUGGUACAAAGGUUCAACUGGGGAGUUGUUUGGCCAUACUACACAGGUGGAGGCAGCAUCGUCAUGCACUGAUCCGAAUUUGGACGCAGCCACGCAGACAUGCAAUGUUUUUGAUAGUACUUCAUCAUGUUCUUAUUACGAAGGUGAUCCAAUUUAUCAACAAGUUCCAGUGCUAGCGAUGAACUCGCUUGUCGUUGCCAUGGUGGAUAGUGUGACUUGCAGCCUUGAAGAAUUUUAUGAAUCGUCGCUCACCUUUGUAGGCGUCAAGCCUUUCUACACUGACAUUUUAAGCAUAGCAAUGGAUGCUGUUCAGUAAUUUCUUAUUUAAUAUCAUUUCACUGCUAUAAGAAUUAAAUUCCGGUUGGAUUGCGAGUAUUAUAUUUUUUUUUAAAUAUUUGUUUUGUGAAGUAUUGCACAUUUCAUUUGAUCUGUGAAAUGAUUAUUUAAUUUUGCUAUAGUAAAGAAAAGAGUCUGCAGAAGUAAAAAUUUUAAUAGGAACAUACAUUUAUAAAUCAUAAUAAAUAAGUAAGUUAACAAUGUGAUUUGACAAUUUG